AUGUUUGGGGCCGUUCCAAUUGAUACGGGAAGUUCUUACAAGUGGAGGCUACACCGAGAUCUCUCUCCUGAAGCCACAGACUUCUUGAGGCGGUGUUUGACAAUAUGGCCGACAGAUAGGGCCACCGUGGAUGAGCUCUUGGACCAUCCCUUUGUUGCUAAAAAACUUCCUUUCUAUCUUUCUUUCUUGAGGUUUCCUUCUUUCAUAAGGAAGAUGGCCACUGAACUAGUGUACGGAAAACAUGAAGAAUUGAUUCCAAAACCUCAAGGCUUGGACUGGUGA